AAAGGCUUCAUCAAGAAACCCUUGCUAUAGAUACUCUGCUUAGAACUUGGAAGAGAAGGUACACAAAGCAUCAGUGUGGUGGUGAAGAUGGCCCAAAGGAAAAAGCCGAACAUUCUUAUUACCGGAACACCUGGAACGGGCAAGACGGUCACGGCGUCUGGACUGGAGGCGGCCACUCAGCUCCGCCACAUCAACAUUGGAGACCUCGUGAAAGAGAAGAACUUGCACGACGGUUGGGACGACGAGCUUGAUUGCUAUAUCAUCAACGAAGACCUCGUGUGUGAUGAACUUGAGGAUUUGAUGGAAGAGGGGGGAAACAUUGUGGACUAUCAUGGCUGUGACUUCUUUCCUGAGCGUUGGUUUGACCGUGUGGUGGUGCUUCAAACUGACAACGAGGUGUUGUACGAUCGAUUACAUGGGAGAGGCUAUACGGGUGCGAAGCUUACAAACAACAUUGAGUGUGAAAUCUUUCAAGUGUUGCUGGAGGAGGCAAAGAAAAGUUAUCGCGAGGAUAUUGUGGUGGCACUAACCAGUAACGCUAUCGUGGACAUGAACACGAACCUGGCGACUUUGGCUGAUUGGAUUAGGAGUUGGAACCCCACCUCCUGAUCAUAACAUCGACACUUCAAAGUAAAAUAGUUGUUUAGGGUCAUAAUCCUUGCUGUAGAAGGGUCCUUGCAGAAAGGUUUGCAUCAUUCUUGUUUCUUCUUUUCUUUUCUUUAUGUAUGUCUGAAAACUAGUUUUGAUUCUAUGUUAUAACAGUACCAAGGUGUUUACUAUUCUGGAUCCUGUGCUCUUUAAAUUCUUCUUCGUCUAAUUCGUCUGCCUUUCAUCAAAAGCAAUGAUUUGAGUGCAAUGCUGAAGCCUGGUCUAUGAUUGCUACACUAGUUCAUAAAACUUCGGCUUACAUCAAACAGCUUGUUCAAUGGUGCCAAAUUCUGGUGCUUUAUGGCAACGAGGAAACAUUUUGGUGCUUCUCUUUUGGUGAUUUUAGUAUUUGUUCCGCUCAAUACCUCAACAUCGAUGCUCAAAUUGCAAUAUGCUUACAUUAUAUCUUUUUUGAACAUGGCUACUUGCAUUACACAAUGGUAUGUACACGACUAUCCG